CCCUGCCACCCCUGCCGGUUCCCCACGGGAGGACCAGGCCCGGGCAGCCAUGGCCCCCUGGCGCAGGACCGACAAGGAACUGCUCGGCGUGGCCAUCUCCAACUUCCAGGGCGGCCGGGCGCCGCAGCUCUCCCUGCAGAUCGGCGAUGUGGUGCGGAUACAGGAGACCUGCGGAGACUGGUUCCGGGGCUAUCUCCUAAAGCACAAACUGUCGCAGGGCAUCUUCCCCAGGUCCUUCAUCCACAUCAAGGAGGCCACGGUGGAGAGAGGGGGACACUCGGAGAGCGUGGCUCCCACGGAGACCCCGCUGGCUCAGGAGGUGGCGGCCACGCUGUGGGAGUGGGGCGGCAUCUGGAAGCAGCUCUACGUGUGCAGCCUCCUUCCCAGCCGGGCCGGGCCGGGCCGAGCACGCCUCCGGAUGAAUCUAGGAAAGCAGGAGGCAGCAGCAUGGAUCCUGGAGCUGGACCUGACCGUGAGGGAUGAGGACGGGAACACUCUGGACCCUGGCCGCACCAGCGUCAUCAGCCUCUUCCACGCACACCAGGAGGCCACGGAGAAGAUCACGGAGCGCAUCAGGGAGGAGAUGUCCCGGGACCAGGCCGACUACGGCGCGUGCUCCCGGCUCUCCUCCUCGCCCACCCACAGCCUCUAUGUGUUCGUGCGCAACUUUGUGUGCCGCAUCGGGGAGGACGCCGAGCUCUUCAUGUCGCUGUACGACCCCAGCAAGCAGGCCGUCAUAAGUGAGAACUACCUGGUGCGCUGGGGUAGCCACGGCUUCCCGAAGGAGAUCGAGAUGCUCAACAACCUGAAGGUGGUGUUCACGGAUCUGGGAAACAAAGACCUCAACAGGGAUAAGAUCUACUUGAUUUGCCAAAUAGUCCGGAUCGGGAAGAUGGAUCUCAAAGACACCAGUACGAAGAAGUGCACCCAGGGCCUGAGGCGGCCCUGCGGGGUGGCAGGCAUGGACAUCACCGACAUCAUCAAGGGGAAGGUGGAGAGUGACGAGGAGAAGCAGCACUUCAUCCCCUUCCACCCGGUCACAGCUGAGAAUGACUUCCUGCACAGCCUGCUGGGCAAAGUCACGGCCUCUAAAGGAGACAGCGGCGGGCAGGGCCUGUGGGUGACCAUGAAGAUGCUGGUGGGCGACCUCACGCAGAUCCGCAAGGACUACCCGCACCUGGUGGACAGGACCACCGUGGUGGCCCGGAAGCUGGGCUUUCCCGAGAUCAUCAUGCCAGGAGACGUGCGAAAUGACAUCUACAUCACGCUCCUACAAGGUGACUUCGACAAGUACAACAAGACCUCGCAGAGGAACGUGGAGGUGAUCGUGUGUGUGUGUUCCGAAGAUGGCAAGGCGCUGCCCAACGCCAUCUGCGUGGGCGCUGGGGACAAGCCGAUGAGCGAGUACCACUCCGUGGUGUACUACCAAGUCAAGCAGCCUCGCUGGAUGGAGACGGUCAAGGUAAGCGGCGGCGCCCGCGCCCUGCAUGCGUGGAGAGCUAAGGACAAAGGGGAGAAGAACUUCGCCAUGUCCUACGUGAAGCUGAUGAAGGCGGACGGAACGGCGCUGCAGGACGGCUGCCACGACCUGACGGUGCUCAAGGGGGACAGCAAGAAGAUGGAGGACGCCAGCGCGUACCUGACCCUGCCCUCCGCUCGGCACCACGCCGACAGCAAGGGGGCCACCUUGAGCCGGAGCUCCAGCAGCGUCGGGGGGCUGUCCGCCAGCUCCCGAGACAGCUUCUCCAUCUCCACCCUGGUGUGCUCCACCAAGCUCACGCAGAACGUGGGGCUGCUGGGACUGCUGAAGUGGCGCAUGAAGCCACAGCUGCUGCAGGAGAAUCUGGAGAAGCUGAAGAUCGUGGACGGCGAGGAGGUGGUGAAGUUUCUUCAGGACACGCUGGACGCGCUCUUCAACAUCAUGAUGGAGCACUCGCGUAGCGCUGAGUACGACAUCCUGGUCUUCGAUGCCCUGAUCUACAUCAUAGGACUCAUCGCUGACCGGAAGUUCCAGCACUUCAACACGGUUCUGGAGGCGUACAUCCAGCAGCACUUCAGCGCCACGCUGGCGUACAAGAAGCUGAUGACGGUGCUGAAGACUUACCUGGACACGUCCAGCCGGGGCGAGCAGUGUGAGCCCAUCCUGCGCACGCUGAAGGCGCUGGAGUAUGUGUUCAAGUUCAUCGUGCGCUCCAGGACGCUCUUCUCCCAGAGCAGAACGCUUAAAAACCCAGAUCCGCCCGGGCCGCAGCGCGGUGACCGUAGCGCGAUUGGCUUCCCGCCACGUUCACCUGGGAAAGAAAAGCAAUGGCGUCACCCGGCGUGCGCGGGAUCUGAGGCUCCGGGCUCUUCCACGCCACCCUUGGCCAUCACGUGUGGGCGGAGGGCGGGCGAGGAGAUCUCAGGGCACCUGGCGUUCACGGGGCCCAACCAGGCGGUGCUUGGCCCUCGAGCUGGUGUUGGUAUAGUGGGGCCUGGCCGGAAGGUUCCACAGCCCAAGGACUGUGCUGCAAUCACUACCCUCAAAGAGGACUGUGCUCCAAUCACUACCCUCGAAGAGGACUGUGCUCCAAUCACUACCCUCGAAGAGGACUGUGCUGCAAUCACUACCCUCGAAGAGGACUGUGCUGCAAUCUCUACCCUCGAAGAGGACUGUGCUCCAGUCACUACCCUUGAAGAGGACUGUGCUGUAAUCACUACCCUCGAAGAGGACUGUGUUGUAAUCACUAUCAUUGAAGAGGACUGUGCUGUGGCGGCUUUGAAAUACAUCCCGUCCGUCCUGCACGAUGUGGAGACGGUCUUCGAUGCGAAGUUGCUCAGCCAACUCCUGUACGAGUUCUACACCUGCAUUCCUCCCGUGAAGCUGCAGAAGCAGAAGGUGCAGUCCCUGAGCGAGGUCGUCCAGAGCAACCUGUUCAAGAAGCAAGAGUGCCGGGACAUCCUGCUUCCGGUCAUCACGAAGGAGCUGAAGGAGCUCCUGCAGCAGAGGGACGAGGGGCACCAGGCGCUGGAGAAGAAGCACUGCGUGGAGCUCCUGAACAGCCUCCUGGAGGUGCUGAGCGGCCAGGACCCGGCCUUCACCUACCACCACAUCCAAGAGAUCAUGGUGCAGCUGCUGCGCACGGUGAACCAGACGGUCAUCGCCAUGGGCCGAGACCACGCUCUGAUCUGUCACCCGAGUGGCUUGGGGGAGCAAUGGGUGGGGCGGGAGGCGGGUGUGAGCGCACUGGAGCCGGCCCGGGAGCGCGUGAGGCCGGAGGAUGGGCAGGAACGGGAGGAAAAGCCCAACAGCACCUCCUGA